AUGUUAAUUACUGGAGACAAUUUGGAUGAAAUAGUGAAAACCAAGGCUGAGUUACCAAAAGCUUUCAAGAUGAAGGAUUUAGGUGAGUUAAAAUAUUUUCUUGGCAUUAAAUUUGCAAGAUCGGAAAAAAGGAUUCUAAUGCAUCAAAGAAAGUAUGCAUUAGAAUUAAUAUCAGAGUCUAGAUUAGGUGUUGCUAAACCAUUUCACACACCUAUAGACACUAGUGUCAAGCUGACAACCAGAGAAUAUGAUCAACAUCUAAAGGAAAUUAUUGCUCAACAAGACAAACAAACUGGCAAGAAGAUAGCAUGUGUAGAAGAUGAAGUAUUACAAGAUUCUCUAGUGUCAUGGAAAUCUAAAAAGCAGUCAACAAUAACUAGGAGUUCAGCAGAGGAAAAGUAUAGGAGUUUAACAAAUACUGUAUUUGAAUUGACUUGGUUAACUGACUUGAUUAGAGAUAUGGGAGUGCAAUUGAAACUGCAUGAACAGGGGGCCGCCAUAGCCGAACAGGGGAUUGCAAUAGCUCAGUUGCAGAGCAAAAACGAUAAGGCAACUCCGGAAAGGCCAAAAGGGAUCACCGAACCAAGGAGGGAUGAAACACGGAUAGUCAAGAGUAAUGGAUCCGUAACUGGAUCAUCCACCGAAGUUCUGAAGAUGCUCGAGACCUUGGCAAAGCGGGUAGAUUCAAUGGAGAAGAGGGUGGAAACGUAUAACUCUCGGGUGGAUCAGAUCCCGGGAGCUUCGUCGAUUCUGAGAGGGCUGGAUUCAAAGGCCUUUCCCUCCUAG